AUGGCGAAGACGAAAGUUACUCCAGCGAAUUGUCGUAGAUGCCCUAUGUGUACGUUUGUGGCAAGGUCAGGAGAAGAAUAUAUAAGUCAUGUUCUGCAGUGUGCUAUGAGAACAUUUAACUGCACUUACUGUACCUACUCCAGCAAUAAGGAGAUCAAUGUCAAGAGACAUGAAAGAAGAAGCCACCCUGGCCUUAUCGAGGAACCCAUCAAACUGGAUGGAAAACCUGAUAAGAGCAAAGAGUCAACCAGUAGUAAAAGUGUAGAGGAAGAAGCAGAAAAGCCAGAGGAAGAGUGGCUGAAGCAAGAUUAUGGGGAUAUUAUUGGUUGUGUCUCCUCUGACAGUAGCGAUAAUGAAGGGGAGUCGCAUGAGUCUCAACCGAAGAAAGAUGAACCAUCUACUAAUGAACAUUUGUUGGAGGGAAGAGUAAUCCGGAAACAGACAGCACCAAGCAGACCUUUCGUUCCUAAAGUCAAGAUUCCUCCUCCCACUGGUAAUCCAGAAAUGGAAAAUAAACAAGACACAAGAUGUGAAAGUUGUAAGAGAAAGUUAUCCAUGGUGGACAUUGGAAUCCAGACAGAGGCUUGUCAGAAAUCUAUCUCGUCUAAGCGGAUCAAGAGGUUCCGUGAGGGUGAUAUUGACAUUGAAGAAAUAGUUGAAGAGAAAACAGAAUUCUGCUGA